AUGGGUUCCGUGAAAGUAAUAUCCACAGCAACAAUCCAAGCACCGAGUCACAACAAUGGCAACUCAACUGAGAUAAUAGAAUUAACACCAUGGGAUCUUCAGUUCCUCCCACUUGAAACCAUCCAAAAAGGUCUUCUUUUUCACCAAUCCACUCUCACAUCGAACCUAAACCAAAUCAACCAUUUGAAACAAACUCUUUCAACUACACUCUCCUUCUUCCCUCCCUUAACAGGCCGUCUCAUAAUCACACAACACAACAACGACGCCUCAUGUUCCAUCAUUUGCAACAACCUCGGAGUUCUCUUCGUUCACGCCAAAGCAGAAAACACAACCGUUUCCGACAUCAUUCAACCCAACUACAUACCUCCCAUUGUUCACUCCUUUUUCUCACUUAACGGCGUUAAAAACCACGAAGCCAUUUCACAGCCAAUUCUAGCCGUCCAAGUAACCGAGUUAAGUAACGGAAUCUUCAUCGCCUUCACUAUCAACCACGCUGUUUCCGACGGCAAGUCGUUUUGGCAUUUCGUCAACUCUUGGUCACAAAUAUCAAAAGGUUCUAAAAAACUAUCCAAACUACCUUCACUUCAACGCUGGUUUCCAAACGACAUUGAACUUCCAAUACGCUUUCCUUUCACUAUAACAGAAACACAAAACAAAAGCGAUUCCAAAAAGUUGCCAGAAAGAAUCUUUCAUUUCUCGAAGGAGAAAAUCUCAGAACUGAAAUCAAAAGCAAACUCAGAAGCCAAAACCCAAACUGAGGUAGUAACUGAAAUAUCUUCGCUUCAAGCGCUACUAUCUCACAUUUGGCGUCGCGUUAUUUGUUGCAAACAACCAGGUCCACAAGAAGAUUUCCGCUAUAUGUUAGUUAUCGGUGCUAGACCUAGGAUGAGUCCACCACUUGAAGAUGAUUACUUUGGAAAUGCUGCUGUAAUUGGUGGUGUGAAUAUGAAAGCUGAGGAAAUUCUAGAGAGUGGAAUAGGAAAAGUUGGUUUGGAGAUGAACAAGAUGAUUAUGUUACAUUCUGAUGAGAAAAUAAGGAAGCUUUAUGAGUGUUGGAUGAGAGUGCCGAGAUUGUUAGAGGUUGGUGGUUUGGCAAGUGGUAAUUCAUUGGCAACAAGUAGUUCUCCAAGGUUUGAUGUCUAUGGUAAUGAUUUUGGUUGGGGGAAGCCUGUGGCGGUUAGAAGUGGGGGUGCGAAUAAGAAUAAUGGGAAGAUUACUGUGUAUGCUGGAGCUGAAGAAGGUAGUAUUGAUAUUGAAGUUUGUCUGUCUUAUGAGAUUUUGGAGGCUUUAGGAAAUGACACUGAGUUUGUUGUUCCCAAUUCUAAGUAA